CCGGGGCACGGCGAAGAGACGGAACCGCCUCCCCCAAACCCCAACGAAACCCCAGCGUGUCUCCAGGCGCUGCGGUGACCCGGCGUGAGCGGCCGGAGCGGCGCUGAGCGGAGAGGCGAGCUCGGCUGCGGCGGCCGCGCAGGGCCCGCUGCCGGGAGGAUCCCCCUCGUCGCCUGCCGCUCCGGCCCGGGCCUCCGGCUGGGCCUGCGGUGCGCCGGAGCGGCGCCUCAGUGCGCUGUAGGAAAGGCCGCGGCUCUGGGACGCUCCCCGCCGCCUGCUCCCCUGCUAGGAGGAGUUUGCUGUCUGAGGCAAACGGCCCGAGCCGCGGCUCCAAGCCGUUUCAAGAAGCCUGGGAAUGAAUUGAAUGCCUUUUAGAAAGCCUUUGACUCUGCAGAAGUAGUUUGUUGCUCUGAUCCUCCAUUUGAACUGAGUUAAUUUAUCCUUUGUGGUUGACUGGCCACAUAUGAGUCCUCAAGAGACACAGAGCACUUGGAACUGAAGCUUAUUCUAAAAGGUUUUCCUGACCAAAGAUCUCCCCGACGUUGCUGACGUGUUAAACCUCUGGAAGUGUGAAGAAGUCGCUGCGCUUUUGACGCAAACUGGGAAGCCCUGAGGAUGAAGUAGUGAUUUAGCUGCAGUUUGGUGUCAGCUGCUUGCUACAGAAGUUUCACUGGUUCGAUUGGUUGAUCAGAAGAAAUCUGUAAAUCGCCAUUGUAGCUUUGGGAGAGGAGGAAAGCGAGUGCCCCGUGAAGGUGAAGGGGGAAAAGGGUGCCUGAAUACUCAUGAAUGAGCUGUGAUGGAUAACAAAGACGCAGAAGCUGAGAUCCACCCUCUGAAGAACGAGGAUGUAAAAGCUCAAGAGAACCAUGAAAACUCCGUUGAGAGAAGAGUUGGCAGCAAGCAGUCAUCACGACUGUCUCAGCUCUCCCGGUGGCGCACUGCUGCCUUCUUCAUCUCAUUAUUUCUGUGUCUGAUAAUUGUGUUCGCUUUCUCAUUUGUCAUUCCUUGCCCAGAGAGGCCUGUCUCUGAACGAACGUGGUUCCAAAACUACAACGACGCAGUGGCCUACCGGUUUCUGGCUAUAGAAGAUGUGAACAAGGACAAAGUGCAAGAUGUCAUCUUUGUUUUCAAAGCUAGCAAUGGCAGCAGCAGCUUCAACAGAUCCUGUCUGGAUGAAGGUCUGCCUUCUCCGUGUGCCUUCAUCACUGCUGUGUCUGGCACGAAUGGCAGCGUACUCUGGGAAAGGCCUGCUACUGAGGAAGUUGAAUGGAUGGAGUGCGGCAUCAAGCAGCUUGGUGGGGCUCAGGCCCCAGGUUGCCUAGUCGUGGGGAAGCCGGAGUCUCUUACUGCAGUUGACCAGCAGACAGGGGAAGUUCUGUGGCGACAGUCCAGUGACUUUGGAGCUAAUUACACUGUGCUGACUCCCUUGUCAGCGAUUCCAGAUGUGGAUAGCGAUGGUGUUCAGGACCUGAUAAUCUUUAUUGCUGCAGAAGAUAAGAUUAAGACAUUCAUCCAUUCAGGAAAAAAUGGCAAACAGAUAGGAUCCACUGGAAGUCUGAACGUGGAUGGGAAGGCUCGUUAUAUCAGGCUUUUUCUGAAGCCUGACUCCUACUACUUCCUUUUCUAUACAGCAAACUCUCUCUAUGGAUAUUCCCUGAAAAAUCUCUACAGUGCAGCAACUGGGAUAGAAAUGAAGCUUCCCAGCCUUGAGCAAGAUCCUCAGUGGGAAAAGAACAUUGACCCCACCACACACCGCUUACCCCGUCUCAGCUCUGGACGUAUUCAUUACCUGGCAAAAAUUCCCAGUGGGUCAGGAGAGAACAUCUUGAUUGUAAAGUCAGAGAUGGCUAUGCUGAUCAGUGGACAAAAUCUUCAGAACCUGUGGACUCUCAACGUGUCCCGUAUUAUGGGUGAGCCACUGCUUGGUUACUACAAACCCGAUGUUCUUGGUAUUGUCCUUGAGAGUGAAAUCGGACCCAACAAGAAGAAGGUUAUGAUUGUUGAGGCUGGAUCUGGAGCAGUCCAAUGGGACCUGAAGCUGAACUCGAGAGCAGAGAGCCCAGGACCAGCCACGCUUUCCACUGCCGAUCACCGGUCUACCUUCCUCUUCUGGGGUGAAUACCAGAUACCAGGAAAUGAAACAAGAUCCAAAACUGCUCUCCAGAAGCUGUAUCUUUUCCAUCCUUCCUACACGAAUGUCCUCUUGGAACUGCGCAAUAGUACAGACCAAAUAAUUGCGUUCAAUGCCACGCUGUUUGAGCGGAGCCGUCAUGCCUGCUACGUGUUGUUGAGGGGGCCUCAACCCAGCCAGGAGCCAGGGUUUGUAUCUCUCAUGAAGCGUAAGCUGAAAGAGGACAUCUCUGAGAGCAAGGUGAUCUGGCUGAGCCAGGUGGCUGUGGACAACGAGCAGUACAUCCGGGACCGCCUCUACAGGAUGCGAUUCCACAGCCGAGUGUGAGCGUGCUGAGAGAGCAGGAGAGGCUGCCCUGGCCCCGGAUCCUCCAAGUUGCCUCUCCUCUGCAGCAGCACACUUAACAAACCCAGAUCAUAGUUUCAAAUGAGAAGCUGCCUUUCUUGAUCCGCAAACCAAAGCGUGGCUGAUGGGAAAGCGCCCCCAGUGUCUGGGUACGCCCAGGCUGUGGGAGCAGCUGCCGGAGCACUCAUCUUUGGAGCUGAUGGGACUUCAGUGCUUGGCCACCACUGAAGUGUUGUCAGUUCAGGGAAGAGGGCUUUUGUCCCAAUCCUUCCGUGCCUGCAGAGCCAGGCUGAUCCAGCCUGUGUCUGGAGGAAAACACAUGCUUGGUGGGGCUGCCUGAGUUGGUUAUUUCUUGGGUGAUUGUAUGAGGAGAUGUGGGGCUUUGAUAUGUGAUGUUAGAUUACCUUUCUGAGUCAGCUUUCGUGACUGUUGGAGGGGUGCUGGGUCACAGGUUGAUUUGCAAUCACCCUUUCCUGGGUUUGGUGGUAGAGGGGUGUUUGUUGUGAAAGAUGAAAGACUCCAGCCAUGACUGACAAUCUGGCUAGGUGUUACCUGGGCCAGCAGAGAAUUAAAGAGUCAUUUCACUUAGGAAACGACCUUUUCUCCUCAGAACAGCCCCACAUUCCUCACUCUACUGUCACACAAGCCUACCUGUGUCUGACUUUAGUGUCGCUGACUUUCCAGUUAGGCUUUGCAGCAUUGGCAACUCAGAGGGAGCUGGACUCCCACCUAAUUAAUGCAUUGAUACCUCCCCCCACUGUGGGUGUUUAUAGGUGAUGUAAAAGCCACCAUGAACUUACGCUGGCUGAUCCCUGUUGGUAUAGACACUUUUCUGCUAAUUUUAAGGUGUGGAAGCUCUGGGAUGCUUUUUUUCUUUUUUUUUUUUUUUUGGGGGGGGGGUUGGGGAGUAGAAUAAGUAGAAUAAUUGCACUUCAGCCUCUCCUGGGACCUGAGCAUGUCACUCCUGGGAGUCCUGUACCCAAAUGGUAAUGCCAGCUGUCCUGCAAAUGCUCGUUCAGCCUUGCAGCUGCUGAAGAGCCUUCUCCAAGGACCGUCCCCUCUGCCAGGAGGUGGGCAUGCUGUCAGGCACGAGCCGCUUGGGGAAAUGGCACAAGCUGUCUUUGCAGCACAGCUCCAAGGACAGGUCUGUGCCACCCAUCUGCCCUCCAGCGAGUGGAAGUGGUGCUGUGUGAGGACCCUUGGGUGCUGUUCUCUGCAAGUGUUUGGCCUGGCUGUUCAAAGGAAUGGGUCUUGCUGGUUAGGACAGGUUGCUGCGUGGAGAUGACCUCUCCCUUGGAGACAUCUUCAGCAUGGCGUGUGUGCACUGCCCUGCACCAGUGCGUGGUGUAAAAGCAGUGUGCAAAGCCUAGAAAACAGUUUGAAUAGGCUGUUCUGUCCUGGAAGCUGCUGUCCGCACACCAGCUGCAGUGUGAGACACAACCUCUGGCGCUGCUGGGGUGUCACGUUGCCUGGCGAGCAGAAGGCAGAGAAAAAAACAGUCGGCUUAACCUGAGUUUAUGCCCUAAAAAAACCUCUCUCGAGUUCUGCUGGUGCUGGGGAGGAUUUAGUUGGUGCCUUCCUCCCUUGAGUUAUCUCAAAUUGGGGCAUGUGUAGAAAUACUGUAACAUAAGAAACUUGUGCAGGGCUGUGCGGGCCCAGACAUUGGUUCUUCUCCUGUGGCAUCCACUGAGUUUUAACCUGCUGCUGGGCAGCUCCUGGCUCGGGCAGCUGCUGUAACCUCGGCAGAGAGGAGACGCGGCGCGCUGGGGUCAGCCUGCCUUUCGGCUGGCUGGGGCAGAGCUGGGAGCGGGGCCGCGGGAGCUCUCCGGGAAGGGGAAGCUCUGGCGCUUGCAUGCUAAUCUGAUUUGCGUGUUAGAUGCAGAUUAUAUCCGACUGAAAUUCCCGUUGCAGGGGACAACUUGCCUGGGCUGUAUUCGUAGCAUAAUUACGCUGUCUCGGCUCUCUUCCUCCUCAGGUUGCUCCACAGACCUGACCCUUUCUGGUAGGUACACUGAAUGUUCCUUCAGGAAAGCUGGACCCUUAGCUUUGGGGGCUUUUCUGGCUUUAAGUUGUCCGUUAAUGUUUCCACAUAAUUUGGAGACCCAAAUCUCCCUGUGGCAGCUCAGUUACAAACAUCAGUGCCAAACUAGCACCCUCUUAACAAAGCAAGUCCUUUUCCCGUCUUAAUUCCCUGUGUUUUUUUUCCCCCCCAGUAUUUAAUGAAUGACUUUGUGCCUUGAUUCAAUAACUCAGAUGGGUGAUGAUGGCAUAUAUCACUGUGUUAUGUAUUAGUGUGUUUUUUUUAACACUAAGACUGUUUGGUUCAGUUCUUUAACUUAUUGCAAAUUGUGCUGUAUAGGACUUGGUCUAACCAUGAUGGUUUCAAUAAAUCCUCUUUUGCAUUGUUUGUAAA